UUCCUGGCUCUACUCAGAGAACCCAAAAUAGCCUUCAGUAAGCAGUGACAUACUGAGGGUCGUGGUACUAAAAGCGCAAGCAUCUGUAUCUCAGAGCAGCGAGGCAUGUACGGCUGCAGGAAAAGCCUGUGGAGCACAAAGGGACCAUCUCGCCCCCUGCACCCUCGGUCUUGAUGGUGAAUUCUGAAUUUCAUUUUCUACAGAACUAGAACUUGAAGACACACAGGAGUGCCAGAGAAACUGAAGAAUAAAAAAGAUUGCAAAAGAAGAUAAGACUUGUCUGCACACUGUUUCCUGUGAAGAGGGCGAGCUGGAACCAGAAUGCCUUGCUGUGCUCUCCUGCCGCUAAUGCUGGCCAUUCCUCUGCUGUGGCCGGGCCUCACGGCAGCCUCCUACUCUCAGGCAGAGAAGGGCAGCCAGCCAGCAAGGCCUCGUUGGAGAGGGAAGCGCGGGUGGAUGUGGAACCAGUUUUCUGUCCCAGAGGAACUGAACACCAGCAGUCAUCACGUAGGCCAGUUGAGAUCUGAUUUAGACAAUGGAAACAGCUCCUUGCAGUACAAGCUUUUGGGAGAUGGUGCUGGAAGUAUUUUUGUCAUUGAUAACAGAACAGGUGACAUAUUUGCCAAACAGAAGCUUGAUAGAGAAGAACGGUCCCUCUACAUCUUGAGAGCCCAGGUAAUAGACACCAUCACUGGGAAGGCUGUGGAACCCGAGUCUGAGUUUGUCAUCAGAGUCUCGGAUAUCAAUGACAAUGAACCAAAAUUCCUAGAUGAACCAUAUGAGGCCAUUAUCCCGGAGAUGUCUCCAGAAGGAUCAUUCGUCAUUCAGGUAACAGCAAGCGAUGCUGAUGACCCUGCCAGCGGCAAUAAUGCACGUCUCCUCUAUAGCUUGCUCCAAGGUCAACCUUAUUUCUCCGUUGAACCAACAACAGGAGUCAUAAGAAUAUCUUCUAAAAUGGAUAGAGAACUUCAAGAUGAGUAUUGGGUAAUUAUUCAAGCCAAAGACAUGAUUGGUCUGCCUGGAGCACUGUCUGGAACAACAAGUGUGUUAAUUAAGCUUUCUGAUGUAAAUGACAAUAAACCUAUAUUUAAAGAAAGUUUAUACCGCCUGACGGUCUCUGAAUCCGCACCCAUUGGCACUUCUAUAGGAAAAAUCAUGGCUUCUGAUAAUGAUAUAGGAGAGAACGCAGAAUUGGAUUAUAGCAUGGAAGAAGACAAUUCACAGACAUUUGACAUCAUUACUGAUAAUGAGACCCAAGAAGGAAUAGUUACAUUAAAAAAGAAAGUGGAUUUUGAGUACCAGAACCACUAUCGCAUUAGAGCAAAAGUUAGAAACCGUCAUGUUGACGCACAGCUCACGGAAUACCACGUGGAACCUUCCACCACUGUCAUUAAGGUCCAGGUCACAGAUGAGGACGAACCACCAGUUUUCCUCCGCCCGUAUUACUUAUUUGAAAUUUACGAAGGACGCCCACAUGGGUCAUUUGUAGGCGUAGUCUCUGCCACAGAUCCGGAUCUGAGGAAAUCGCCUAUUGGGUAUUCUAUCCCCAGAAGCAAGGUGUUCAGAAUUGAUGACAAUGGCACCAUCAUCACAACUAACUCUCUUGAUCGGGAGAUUAGUGCUUGGCACAACCUAAGUGUUUCAGCCACAGAAAAAUACAACACUCAGCAGAUAUCUCAAGUCCCUGUGUAUGUGCAAGUUCUUAAUAUUAAUGAUCAUGCUCCUGAAUUCUCUGAAUACUAUAGGACUUUUGUUUGUGAAAAUGCGAACCCUGGUCAGGUAAUUCAGACUAUCAGUGCAGUGGAUAAGGACGCAUCCACAGAAGAACACCAUUUUUACUUUAAUCUGUCAACAGAAGACACAAAUAACUCAAGCUUCAUAAUCAUAGAUAAUCAAGAUAACACAGCUGUCAUUUUGACUAAUAGAACUGGUUUUCGCCUGCAAGAGGAGCCUAUCUUGUACGUCCCCAUCUUAAUCGCCGACAAUGGGAUCCCCCCACUCACAAGCACAAACACACUCACGGUCUACGUCUGUGAUUGUGACGCCAGCGGCGGUACACAGACCUGCAGUAAGGAGGAGCGGCGGCUGUCGCUGGCUUUCAGGACAGAGGUCAUCCUCGCUGUUCUGAUAUGCGUUAUGAUCAUAUUCGGGUUUGUGUUUUUGAUCCUAGGGCUGAGACAAAGAAGGAAACAGACUCUGUUUCCUGAGAAAGGGGAAGACUUCCGGGAGAAUAUAUUCCGGUACGACGACGAGGGCGGUGGCGAAGAGGACACGCAGGCCUUCGACCUGGCACAGCUGCGGAGGAGCGCGCGCGGGCGGGAGCGCCGGGCGCGGCAGGGCGCCUCGGCCGAGCUCCGGAGCCGGUACCGGCAGUCCCUGCAGGCGGGCCCCGACAGCGCGGUCUUCCGGGCGUUCAUGCUGGAGAAGCUGCAGGAGGCCGACGGCGACCCCGGCGCCCCGCCGUUCGACUCCCUGCAGACCUACGCGUUCGAGGGGACUGGGUCCUUGGCCGCGUCCCUGAGCUCGCUCUGCUCUGCAGUCUCCGACCGGGACGAAAAUUAUGACUACCUGCAUGAAUUGGGGCCUCGCUUUCAAAGACUAGCGUACAUGUUUGGUUCCGCCACGCAGUCAAAUAAUUAAGGGCUGCAGCUUCGUACGGUUGCAAAGCGCUCACAGGUGUUGGGGCCCUCCGGUGCGUUGGUGAGAGGUGUGAUCCAGCUCUCUGGGGGGAAAAAAUGAUUUCUCGAUGACUGGUAUCGGCUAAUUUCCUUUGAGAGAUGCUGAUGAUCAAGGCUCAGGGGCUGAUGGCUGCCAACUCUGGCACAUCACGGAAAUAUCCCUCGGCCUUUCUCUUUCUUUUUUAUUAUUAUUUUUUAAUACCAUUCUAUACACAUCUCCAAGAAAAAAAAAUGAAUGCUGAAAUCGAAAAAGGCGCUGAAUGAAAUCAUCUCUUUUUUUUUUCAUUUUUACAUAUUCCAAAAGUGAAAUAUGAUUAUGGAUGUGAAGUUUUUGAUACCAUACAGAGAGAUAACACUCAGCAGAAAAAAACCCGGGAUGGUCUGGAUGACUACAUAAAACUUUUUUAAAAGACUUCAUUUUUAUGAGUACGUUUCUCACUGAGGCUGUCGGAGUCAUUCAAGUUGCUAUUUCAAAAUCGUUACCAAGACUGCAUAUUAAAAUAUUUCCUAUUUGGAUAGACAUUUGAAAUAUGCUAAUUAAUGAUAGAGUGUAAAUGUGUGUUGUUUUGCUAUUGUAGCUUUGUAUUAAAAAGGGACAUGCACAUCUAUUUAGAAAUUUUUCAUAAAUUAUUUUCGUAUGUAACCACAAUAUAUUUUUAUCAUGUCAUAAUACAGUGACAAAAUGCAUGUCAACAUUUACUUAUUAAAUCAAAACCUUAUAAAAAUGAUGAAAAGUGUAGAUGCUUUUAAGUUAAUUUUACUUCUACUAAAAGUGAGAGGUAAGUGAAAGGAAUACUGGAUUCAAACUUGGAUUAAUAUUCAUCCUAAAUACUAUGUGAAUGCAUUCUUACCACACAUAGCAAAAA